AAGCUUCAAAUUCAAAUCGACGCUAGUGUAGUCCGAACCUGACCUUCCAAAGCGAGCGUUUUGCGUUAUUUUUAUCUGGAGCACAGUUCAAUAAGCAAAAUGUUUAUUUAUCGGCAGCAAUUAGCGGCGUUUAGGUGCUGAGUGGGUUUUUAUGGUGAUUUUCAGGGCUUAAUGUAAGAUGUCCAGCAGCGGAUACACGUGCAUCAGAACAGUAUUCUGCUGCGUAAACGUCCUAUUUUGGUUGACUGGUUGUGCCCUUUUGGGCAUUGGCGUGUGGCUGAGGGUGAGCUAUGAGGGCUACGCCACCCUUCUGCCUCAGUACGCGCUACUGAGCGCUGACAUUGUGGCCAUAAUCAUCGGGGCGCUGACCAUUGUUUUAUCGUUUUUCGCAUGCUGCGGAUCGUGGCUGCAAAGCAGAUGUCUGCUAAUCACGUACUUCAUUUUGGUGGUGCUGAUGUUUAUCGCCGAAUUUGUGCUGGGAUCCCUAGCCUUUGUCUACAGGGACACCAUCAAGCACACCUUUACCGAGAAGCUGCAGGACGGGCUCAGCCACCAUUAUAACAUGUCUCAAAGCCCCAACAACCUGCUGCAGGUGUGGGAUGAUGUCCAGAUCACCUUUAAGUGCUGCGGAGUGGUCAACUACAUGGACUGGCACAUGAUUGACGCAUGGCCGGAACAUCGAUGGGUGCCAGACACUUGCUGUCUUCCUGCGGAUUAUGGCAUUGGAUGUGGACGCAAAGGCAGCGACAUUCUCUACAAAUCCGGCUGUUACGAGCUGAUCUACAAGUGGUUCAAGGAGCGCCUGAUGGUGGUGGGACUUGUGGGACUCAUUGUAGCCUUCGUGCAGCUGUUCGGGCUCAUUUCGUCCAUGUUGCUCUUUUGCACUGUGAAGCAUCGAAGGCGGUCCAGAACGUACAAGUCGUAUCAGUAGGAGAUUUCCUAGUGUGGAGGACCGGACUUUGUGUUGUUGCACUGAGCACUGUGAUUCACAUGGAUUUGGGUCUCAAAUCCAAGUGUUACUUACUUAUGAUUUAAGUGUGUAAAAGGGAUAGUAGUCUGACCAAAACGCCCGGCUAUGAGAUUUGAGGGGUUUUUCCGAAUGGGAGUAAAUCUAGCGUAGUCAAGGUGUUAGUGGUAAUAAAUACGUUGAAUAUGCAAAGCUUAAAA